CUAUCGUCCUCCCACCAACUGUCCGCUCGACGGUCGGACCACAGCCGCAUCAUCCAUCUGACUCGCUCUCUACGCUUCGUAUCUGACUCGCUGCCGAUACCUCGCCUUGCUGCUGGCGACCCCUGGGCGUUCUGACACUUCGGAGUCAGAGCCAUGCUUCGAUCGACAACAUCCAGCACUCUGUACCAGGCACGGGCUAUACGGAAUGUAUAUCGUGCCCCAGGUCGUGUUCUUGCAUGCGGCGACGGUUCAGUUCCUCAAGCAGUUCGUUCCCCAUUGAGGCUACGGAUCCAGCGCCGCUCAUAUGUCGUUGCUGCCAACCACUCUGUCACGCCCAUCGAGAAGAUACUCCUCGAUACCAUCAAAGUCACAGGCCCAAUCUCGUUCGGGACCUACAUGCAGAUGUGUCUGUCUCAUCCCACGGAAGGAUACUACAUGAAGUCUUCCCAGCAGGUCUUCGGGGAGAAGGGCGACUUCACCACCAGCCCUGAGAUUAGCCAGGUUUUCGGUGAGCUCGCCGGAAUAUGGCUUCUAUCGCAAUGGUUAUACGCUGGCAACUCCAGGAAGCUACGGCUGGUCGAGCUCGGACCUGGCAGAGGCACGUUGAUGCAUGACAUCCUCAGAGUCUUGUCGCAAUUUUCAGCAGCUCGUGAGGCAAUUGAAGCCGUCCACCUAGUGGAGACAAGCCCGAACAUGCAGCAACGGCAGGACGAGAAACUCUCGCCGCUUGCUCUCAAGCACAAGUGGGACGUACAAUGGCACACGUCCAUUGAAGAGGUCCCGCAUGACCCUUCGAGGUUCACGCUCUUGGUGGCGCACGAGUUCUUCGACGCGCUACCGUUCAAUCUCAUCCAAAAAACGCAACAAGGCUGGCAAGAGGUGUUGAUUGCAGCGGCAGACUCUGCCCAGCCGACGGACCUCACUGCAUCGUCUCUGAACGUUGACACCACCUUGGAUCGGAAACGCGAGCCUACCACUUCCCCGUCAAAACCGCCGUCCCGGUUCCGCCGCGUGCUGUCUCGGCUCCCGACCGCGUCUUCGACUCUGCUCGGUCUCUCGUCCUCGCGUUUAAAGGACCUCCCGAUGGGCAGCCACGUCGAGAUAUCGCCUACGGCCUUCAAGAUCGCGCGGAAGGUCGGCGAGUUGGUGCAGGAUCCGGAGAGUAAAGGAGAAAGCUCGGCGGGCAGCGCGUUGGUCGUGGAUUACGGGCGGAGAAGGCAUUCGGAAAUUCGCAUUCAAGGACACAAGAUUGUGGAUGUGUUCGAUCGUCCGGGCGAGUGCGACUUGACCGUGAACGUCGACUUUGCCUACCUCAAAGAAGCCCUCGCAGGCGUCGCGACGCCCUUAGGGCCACUGGCGCAAGGGUCUUUCCUCACGCAUAUGGGACUCGCCGCGCGAAUCGAGAAAGCGGCGAACAGGCUGGUGGACAAGACUGGGAUGGGGAGCCAGUAUCAGGUCAUGGGCGUAGUGGGUGCGAGGCGAGAUGAGAACAGCGUGAGGGUGGAGGAGAGGUGGCCGUUCGUUCAGGAUGCGUAGGACUACGUGGGUGCGGUAAGUACAUGUCGCCACCGUAACCGCCUAUGUGCAAGAGUGCAGCGCUCCCCUGGAGCCAUGUUUCUAUGUCAUUUCGGACGUGGAUGGGCUCUGCAUUUGUAGUAGGAUAUCGAGGCUUGGAGGUCGUUUGCCCGUAUAUCUCAUCUCCGGGCGACCCAUGUCUCGAUGACCUUCCUUUCUGCACGCCCUCUUAUGCCCUACAGGUAGAUAUUUUUCCUGUAGACAUAGUAUCACGAAUCUUGCUGGUCGAUGCUGGAGGUUCGUUCGCGAACUUGAGGUACGCUAAUACUCAUGUGCAUGCACCAGAUUGUCACCCGGAGUGGGGCUUGUCCAACUCCUUCGACUAUCCGUCUUCAUUACGCUCAUACAGUGGUAUAUCGCUAUAGCCAAGCUAAUUACGCCGUAGAUCAAGUUAUCAUUGUGUUGUCGUUCAAAC